GCAUAUUAUCCUUCUUUUAUUUAUUUGGAAGAGUUUCUAACUUUCUCAUCCUACAGCUUCCAAAAUGGCUGCAGCAUCAACAAGUCCCUCCAUAUUAUCUGCAACUCGUUCUGCUUCUAAUAGUAAUGCAGGUCCCUCUGUGUCAAAAAUAUAUGCUACAAGUUUUAUGGGUGGUCAAAUGAGAAGAUAUUAUCCAGCUACAAGGAAACUAGUAAGAAUUAGUAGGGGGAUAGUUGCUGCGGCAGUUGCAACUCCCCCUGCAGCAGAGGAAAUCAAAGAAUACACACUUCCUACAUGGGCUAAAUUUGACCUCGGAAAAUCACCAGUAUAUUGGAAAACAAUGAAUGGUCUUCCCCCAACAGCAGGCGAGAGACUGAAGCUUUUUUACAAUCCAGCUGCAAACAAUAUGGUUCCUAAUGAAGAAUUUGGAAUUGCUUUUAAUGGAGGUUUCAACCAACCUAUCAUGUGUGGUGGUGAGCCUAGGGUAAUGCUCCAGAAAAUCAGAGGAAAAGCUGAUCUUCCUAUUUAUACGAUUCAGAUAUGUAUUCCCAAGCAUGCUCUGAGUUUGAUCUUCUCGUUCACAAAUGGAACGGAAUGGGAUGGUCCCUAUAGACUACAAUUUCAAGUCCCUAAGGCUUGGAGAAAUAAACCGACUGAAUUCUUCACUGAGGGUCUUGCACAGGAGCUGAGCCAGGAGGGUGCCUGUGACAGGGCAAUUUUCCCUGACACGAAUAUCUUGAUCAUAAGAUGUGCUAUGGUUGGUAACUUGAAUGUGGACGGAGGUGAUCGUUGCAAUCUUGAUCUAGUACCUGGAUGCACUGAUCCAAGCUCGAUCUACUUCAAUCCAUUAGCUAAUGUUGAUGAUGGAUCUUGUCCACCAUACUCAGAUUCUGAGGAUUAACUUUCAGUACAUAUGACUGAUGCUUAUAGUUUAGUGUUAUCGAUGGAAGUCUUUCACACUUUUGUAGAUUCGAUUUCCACUAUUUCCCUUCGUGUUUCCCUUGUGUGAUAGAAAAUGUCUAGACUUCCUAAAAAGGAACACUUGCGUACAUAUGAAUCCCCAACCCUAUACUGUGGAUACUUUAAGUAUCCAAUUAUGGUGUUUGUGCUGGUUGGUUGUAUAGAACUUUGAUACUUACCUUUUCGCAUGCAGAAAAAAAGCAGCUCAUGUUAGAUUUA